CACAUGAUAGAAGCAGAUGUUCUUCUUCGUGGUGGCAAGGCAGGAAACGGAGACCCUAUCAUGGCUCAUCCACCUGAAACAGACAGUGACAACACAUUGCAGGAAUGGCUAGAAGAGAUUGUCAACACAAAUAAAGGCAUCAAGCUGGAUUUUAAGAGUCUAGAAGCCGUACGGCCUUCCUUGGAGCUGCUUGAACACGUGAAGCAGCGUUUGAGGCGACCCGUUUGGAUCAAUGCAGACAUCCUACCGGGACCUAAUGGAACUAAUGCUGCAGUGGAUGCAAAAGGGUUCCUCGACAUUGUCACUUCCUUUUUCCCAGACAUAACCUUGUCGCUGGGAUGGACAACUGGCUGGUACCCUGCCAAAAACAAUGCAGGCUACGAUUGGGUGAUGGUGAAAGAAAUGGCUCAGGUAUGCAAUACACUUUCCCAGCCUGUAACUUUCCCUGUAAGAGCAGCAUUAGUACGACAGUCAAUAUCUGAGCUGUGCUGGUUAAUGCAACAGUCAGAUAGAUACAGCCUCACUGUUUGGACAGGAAAGGAAGAUGUGUAUUCUGUAGAAGAUUUGCUUUACAUCCGAGAAAACUUUGAUAAAAGUAGGGUUUAUUAUGACAUCUUAGAGCCACAAAAUUCUGAAUUCAAAAAAGCCACAGGAGUAGAAUAG